GUGUUGGGGAAAAUGAGUCGAAUUUGGACGGAGGUUGGGCUACUCAAUAAAUUCAAUCGUAUUCGGGAAUCACAUCUGGUGACUUUGUUCCCAAAGUACGAGGCUUUGCUCAAGUGGCGAUCGAAUGAGUCUGUUCUCGAUAUUGGAUGUGGAAGUGGAGAUUUAUCCAAGAAAUUCAUCUACCCCCUCUUGCCCAAUGACUACAAGCAGUUGGUUUGUGUGGACAAAUCCACGGAGAUGCUUCAGAGCGCCAGGAAGCUUUUUGAGGGAAAUCCUCGAGUUUCCUUUGAGGAAAUGGACAUAACUGAAGAUCUGGCCACAGAGCAGAAGAAUAAGUUUGAUCACAUCUUCUCCAUUUGGUGCCUAAUGUGGGUAGCUAAUCAAACAAAGGCUUUCCGGAAUAUCUAUGAUCUUCUAGCACCUGGUGGAGGGACCUUUCAUAUUUUUGUUCAAGGGCACAUUUUUCUUAAAACAAUUCGUCAACUAAAGUGA